AUGGAAGCUGAGGCCUCUUCGCCCCUUCCUCCUCUUUCUGAUGUUGCGAAUCACCCUCCCUCUUCUCUUGAUCCUUACUCGAAUCCGCUCUACCUCCAUGCUGCGGAUUCUUCAAGCAUUUCUUUGGUGCCGGAAAAACUCACUGGGGAAGACAACUAUAAUCUCUGGUCUCGGUCGAUCGUCAAGGUACUUAUUGGUAAAAACAAACUCGGUUUUCUCCAUGGGUCUGUCCCCAAACCAGCCGAUGAUCACCCUGAUCUCGGUGCUUGGGAUCGUUGUAACGCCAUCGUCGGAACAUGGCUUACAAAUUCCUUGUCCAUUGACAUAGCAACUCAAGUUAUGUAUCUUGAUGAUGCUGCUGUCAUUUGGUCUACAUUGGAAACGCUGUAUAAACAGCGAAACGAUUCUACUAUUUUUCAUCUGGAGCAGCAGAUUGAACUUUUACAACAGGGUUCUAUGAACCUUAGUACUUUCUUCAAUAAACUCAGAGCUCUAUGGGAAGAACUGAAAAUGUAUGAGCCGUACCCGAUCUGUACUUGUGGCGGCUGUACUUGCCAGGCAAAUAGGAAACUGAUUAAGAUUUGUGAAAAGAAGAAGGUGGUUAAAUUUCUGAUGAAGUUGAAUGAAAGCUAUCAUCCUGCCAGACGACAAAUACUGAUGAUUGACCCAUUGCCUGAUAUGUCCCGAGCUUAUAGCAUGAUUGCCCAAGAAGAGAAACACAGACAGGCCUUACCACCUGAUUCAAUGGUUUUUCAAACCUCUGCCCAACCCAUUUCUCGGCCAAAAUCUGUUAACCUCAUUUCCUCUAAGCCUCGCCCUGUUUGCUCCCAUUGUGGCUUAACUGGUCAUACUAUAUCUCGAUGCUAUAAGCUCCAUGGUUACCCGCCUGCUUCAAAACCUCCUCGCCCUUGGUCUUCCAGACCUCCUCUUUUACCAAAACCACGAGCUUCUUCCCAGACCCAUCCUGUUAACAUGGUCAACUCUGAUCCUGACCAUCUUGCUCCUAUCCCUGAUUCUCCGAAAUCCUCUUUUACUAUGGAGCAAGCUCAGGCUCUGUUUGGACAGUUGCAAUCUCAGUUCAGGUCGCUUGGCACUACUUCUGAUUCAGAUGCAGCAUCCCCUUCUCAUUCUUCCCCAUCCCCAUCGCCAG